AGCUCCCAAGGCUGCUUUGAAUCCCUACCGCACAGACUCAGAGCCCCAUGCCCGAAGGCGUUGGUUGCGCCGUGUCUAUUGUAUCCCUGGUCGUGUGUGUUUGUACAUUUCUCGGGACGUGAAAUUGAGAGUGAAAAGCAUGGCAGAUGAGCAAGAAAUCAUGUGUAAAUUGGAAAGCAUUAAAGAGAUCAGGAACAAGACUCUGCAGAUGGAGAAGAUCAAGUCACGUUUGAAGGCUGAGUUUGAGGCCCUUGAAUCAGAGGAGAGGCACCUGAAGGAAUAUAAGCAGGAGAUGGACCUGCUGCUACAGGAGAAGAUGGCCCAUGUGGAGGAACUCCGACUGAUCCAUGCUGAUAUCAACGUGAUGGAAAACACCAUCAAACAGUCUGAGAAUGACCUAAAUAAGUUGCUAGAGUCUACCCGGCGGCUACAUGAUGAGUAUAAGCCACUGAAGGAACAUGUCGAUGCCCUACGCAUGACUCUAGGCCUGCAGAGGCUCCCUGACCUAUGUGAAGAGGAGGAGAAGCUCUCCUUGGAUUACUUUGAGAAGCAGAAAGCGGAGUGGCAGACGGAGCCUCAGGAGCCCCCCAUCCCUGAGUCUCUGGCCGCUGCAGCCGCUGCUGCCCAGCAACUCCAAGUGGCUAGAAAGCAGGACACUCGGCAGACAGCCACCUUUAGGCAGCAGCCCCCACCUAUGAAGGCCUGCUUGUCAUGUCAUCAACAAAUUCAUCGAAAUGCACCUAUAUGUCCUCUGUGCAAAGCCAAGAGCCGGUCCCGGAACCCCAAAAAGCCAAAACGGAAGCAGGACGAAUGAAGAGAUGGAGAACACAUAGAGCUCUGCUACCAUAACCCUUCCUCUUGGCCAGAGUGAUUAAUGUCCUGAUUUGAAACCACCCUACCCCAACUCUACUGAGUUUCCUAUUUGAUGUGAUGGAAACACGACCCUUCUCACUUUGUUCUUAUUUCUUUCUUCUCUUGGGGUUUCUGACUUAAGAAGAGAUGGUUCAGGUGCCAGUGACAGUGUAUCUGAUGAGCCCUUCUCUCCCACCCACAUUUUAAUCCCUGCCCUUGUUCAAAGCUGAGGGAAGGGCAGAAGGGCCAGAUAUGAUUCUCUCCUCUUGUGUCUGAGGCCUGGGGCCUAAGGGUUGAGGGCUGGAGGAGGUGAAGGCUCCAGUGUGCUCCCUCCCUGUACUUUUGCCUUAGGCUCUGAAGGGACAGCAGUCUUCUUGCUGGACUUUCCAGAAGACUUGGUGUAUAUAUCUUCAUCAUAUGCCCCCUAAUUUCAUCUCAUCUAAGCAAGGCCCAGAGGAAAGUUGGACAAGCCCUCCUUUCCAUUCAUUUAGGAGGCUUGGCUGCUAUUAUGGAGUUCACUUCCAUGCCAGUCCCCCAGAUAUGCUGAAGUUCUCAAACACAGGUUGUGUGCCCAGAGAUCUUGAGGCCUGCAGGCUUUUCCCAUUACCUUCAUUUUUCAAAUCAGUCGCAGAAAUUCCCUCUGCAAGUCCUAAAUAACUUGCUGCCUAAAUCAUUGGGCUCUACCGUAGGGAAACCUUAGGAUGAGAAGGGCCCAGCACAUCUGUUUUACCAAAUGUUCAAAACCAUUUUUGUUCAAAACCAUUAUUCUGGCAUUUACUCAAUGAUAUAUCCUAGGGGUUAGAGGCAUGAGUUGAGAUUCAAGUGAGUGCUGACCAUUUUACAUAUGUAAAAGGGUGGGACUUCCCUUCCAUUCAUCUCUCCCUCUCUUGAGUUUGCCCUCUUAUGUAAGGUAAGGUAGCCUCAGCUCAGGUCAGCUGCAGGCUACCCCCUUUCCAAUAGAUUCUGUUGGUGGCCUUCCCUUACAAAAGAAAAGGCACUGGACUCCCCAGGCCUUCAGUUCUCCUCUCUACCAAAAUCAGAUUGCUAGUCAAGUCACUCUCAGACUUAAAGGACAGAGAUGGGGGUUGUCUUUAGAUCCAAGUCUCAGUCCCUGACUGGGUAAAGGGGGUAUUUUCCCUUCCUUUCUUAACUGUAAUUUUAAGUUGCCCCAGUGUUUUUUUUUUUAUUCAUACUAUAAAAAGUUCCUCCACUCUUUGAAAGUAAGAGUGUUAUGUCUGUACAAAUUCUUUUAAAUAAACAUUUGUUCAUUGAAGUGAAUGCUGACAAUUGUAAGUACCAAGUAAUAGAAAAGAUACAGUGACUUUUCCCUUUCUGGGUAGCUCUUAACUUUUACUCACUCAACCCUGUAAGUAAAGGAACCAAACAUACCAGUGCACAAUAAUUUAUUAUUGUUAUAAUUCUCAUUUAUUCACUAUUUACACUGUGCCAGAUCUCUGCAAGAUGUUUUAUGUACAUGAUUGUAUUGAAUUUUUAAAACAAUCUUUCAAGCUAAGUAUUUUUAUUACCAUUUUCCAAAAAGGUAAACCAAAGCGCAGAGAAAUUAAAUAACUUGCCCAGAGUUGAAUAACUGGUAAGAUACUAAAUA